AUGAAGUUCGAGCUCGCUGCCCUCGCCGCCUUUGCUGCGACCGCCCUCGCCACCCCCCAGCCGUCGUGCUUCCGCCCCGCCCAGCCCUGCUGGAAGCUCAAGCGCUCCGUCGAGGCCUUUGACAACAGCGCCCACGUCGCCCGCGACGCCGCGGACAUUGGCGUCCUCGGCGAGAGGGCCUACGAUCACCUGGUCGAGCUCGCCGCCCGUGGCGCCGUCGACCCCCGGGCCUUCAUCGCCGAGAACGGCAACGCCAAGCGCGACGCCGAGGAGCGCGACGUCGACAACGAGAAGCGCUGGUGCUUCCGCCCCGCGCAGCCGUGCUGGAAGCGCGCCGUCGCCGAGCAGGACGAGCUCGCCAAGCGCUGGUGCUUCCGCCCCGCGCAGCCCUGCUGGAAGGCCAAGCGCGCUGCCGAGUCCAUUCUCGCCGCCCGCGGCGACGAGGACGAGGAGGCUUGCGCCGACGGCGAUGAGGGGUGCGCCAACGCCAAGAGAAGCCUGGACGAGCUUCACUUGGUCGCCCGUGCCAUCGUUGAGGCUUUUUAA